UCCACUGGUUUUAACAAGAUAACACCCCUCGGCAUAUGUCGCACUUGCAGGAUGCUUCCUGGUUGAUCCUGUGUGUUAUGAAAAUGUAUUAAGAAGCAGAGUGUGGGUGAUCAGGAUGGCCUUUGCGGUGCAGGAGAAGCAGUAUGCUCCCUCCUUGCUAAGUUUCUUCAUCUACAAUCCAAAGUUUGGCCCGAGGGAAGGAGAAGAAGAAAAAAAGAUUCUCUUUUACCACCCGAGCGAAGCUGAAAAGAACGACAAGAUUAAAAAUGUCGGGUUGUGUGAAGCCAUAGUGCAGUUUACCAGGACCUUUAACCCAACGCAGCCAGCAAAAUCAUUGCACACGCAGAAAAAUAGGCAGUUUUUCUAUGAACCAGAGGACAGUUUUUGGAUGGUCAUGGUAGUAAAAAAUCCUGCUGUGGAAAAGCAAAAGGAUGGAAAAGUUGUCUUUGAAUAUCAAGAAGAUGAGCUACUUGACAAAGUAUAUUCAUCAGUGCUCCAGCAAUGCUAUAAAAUGUAUAAGCUAUUUAAUGGCACAUUCAACAGGUCGAUGGAAGCUGGUGGUGUGACGCUGCUGAAGGAGAGACUGGAGAAAUUCUUCCAUCGGUAUCUACAGACAUUACACCUGCAGUCGUGUGACCUCCUCGACGUGUUUGGUGGCAUCAGCUUUUUUCCGUUAGAUAAAAUGACGUAUCUGAAAAUCCAGUCGUUUAUCAAUCGGGUGGAAGAACAUCUUAACCUCGUGAAGUAUACGGCUUUCCUGUACAAUGACCAGCUAAUCUGGAGUGGACUGGAACAAGAAGACAUGCGGAUUUUGUAUAAAUACCUCACUACAUCUUUAUUUCCUAGGCAUCUGGAGCCCGAGCUAGCAGGAAGAGAUUCCCCCAUACGCCCAGAAAUGCCUGGAAAUUUACAGCACUACGGAAGGUUUCUCACUGGACCGUUAAACCUCAAUGACCCGGAAGCAAAGUUUAGGUUUCCAAAAAUAUUUGUAAAUACAGAAGACGCGUGCGAGGAACUCCAUUUGAUUGUUUACAAGGCUAUGAGUGCCUCUGUAUGCUUCAUGGUUGAUGCAUCCACACAGGUUACCCCUGAUUUCUGUCGGAAAUUAGACAGUCUUGUAGGACCUCAGCUCACAGUGUUAGCCUCGGAUAUCUGCGAACAGUACAACAUCAAUCGUAGGAUAUCAGGGUCUGAAAAGGAACCUCAGUUCAAAUUUAUUUAUUUCAAUCACAUGAACCUAGCAGAAAAAAGUACAAUUCACCUUAGGAAGACGCCGAGCGUAUCUCUGACAUCGGUCCAGCCGGAGCUCAUGAAGAUUCUUGGUGACAUUAACAGUGAUUUUACGAGGGUUCAUGAAGACGAGGAGAUCAUCGUUAAGGCUAUGAGCGACUACUGGAUUGUUGGAAAAAAGUCUGACCAACGGGAACUCUACGUUAUCUUAAACCAGAAGAACUCCAAUCUAAUUGAAGUAAAUGAAGAAAUCAAGAAGCUUUGUGCCACACAAUUCAAUAACAUCUUCUUCCUGGAUUAACAUGUGACUCUCUCUUACAAAAUGGCCAGUAAAAGCCUUUUUUGUGUAAUUUGGACAGAAUAUCGGUCAUAUUAUUGACUGGAAUGACUGUUGUCAGGCAAUACUUGCCUUGUAAGAACUUUCUAUCUCUAGGCUCCAGAAAUCAGACCAUUUUUAGAUUUUAAAUAUUUACCUGAACUCAUGAAAAGCGCUUCAAAUCUUGGAACCAUUGUCAUUUCAUCUCUUUCAUUGACGCUGAGAUAAAAAUAAAUAUUCCACUAAUCAUUGUUA